AUGCCUCCCAUUCCCUUUCCUCAAAAGCUCAAGAAAAACAAACAAGACACAAACUAUGAAAAAUUCAUCGAUGUUCUCAAGAAGCUCCAGAUCAAUGUUCCGUUCAUUGAUGCACACUAUACGAAAUAUUUGAAAGAGAUGUUGACAAAGAAAAGAAAGCUACCGGAGUUUGAAACUGUGGCAUUAACUGAGGAAAGUAGUACAAGAGUCCACAGAAAAUUGCCUCCUAAAUUGAAGAAUCCGGGGAGUUUUAUUUUAUCGAUUUCAAUUGGAAAUUUCUAUUCAAUUAAUGCAUUGUAUGACACUGGUGCUAAUAUCAAUCUAAUGUCAUAUUCUGCUUACAGGAAAUUGGGACUAGGUAAAGUCAACUCAACAUCAAUAACGCUACAACUAGCUGAUAGAACAAUCGCAAGGCCACGUGGUAAAGUUAAGGAUGUACUCGUAAAAGUAGAAAAUUUAAUACUUCCUGUGGAUUUCAUUGUAUUAGACAUACCAGAAGAUCGAGAUAUUCCAAUUAUAUUGGGUCGACCAUUCUUAGCAAUGGGACGAACCCUUAUUGACAUGAACAUGAUAUCGCGGAACACUCAAACUAACAUGGACAUGGAGAAAAUGGGACAAAUCUCAAGUUUGGAGGAGAAUGUUGAAGAAGAGUCGAUCAAACGCAACACCAAGACACCACAACAUCAUAGUGCAACCGAAGUAGUCCUCAGCGCCCAGUUAGAUCUUCCACUCCUUACUCAUCACAAAGUAUUAGUCAUCAAUGAGACGUUGGAAGAAGUUUGCCCAACCAUUCAACUUAUGGUUGGGAGAUUGACUGCGGCCUCUUGUGAUAUGUUCCUCAACAUAAUCGAGUUUUUUUCUUAUCCUAGGAGAGUUGAUGAGAACAUCCAUUUUAUUUAUUUCCUAGUUGGACUUUUAUUUAUGUUUUGGGCUCUUAUUUAUAUAAUUGGGCUUGUAUAA